ACUAAAUUACCGUAUAAUGAUGUUAAAUAAAAUUUUACAAAAAAAGUAACUAUCUAUGUACAAUAUUAUUAAUAUUAAUGAUCUCGCAUGUGUGUAAAUGAAACAGUGAGAGAAGUGGUGUGUUGGCAAUGAUUAGAACGAAAUAGUUCCAUAGCCAAAAUAUAUAUUUUUUGACUUUCCGCGUGUAUUUAAGAAUUUGUUUGGGUAUUUGUUAAGUUUGAACAUUUUUUUAAAUCUCUGGUGAAAUAAAAACGUUAUGUUAACGGUAAAAAAAUAUUACGUGCCGAAACCGUGGUCGCGCAUUAAUAAUGUUAAUAGUCACUUGUUUGUUUUCUCUUUCAGCCGUUUGUCUGCAGUCUGCAGUCUGUACGCCAUAUUGCAGUGUGUUUUAAUAUAUUACUGACCGUGAAAUAACGUACAGUUUGUGUUUCAGGAUUUUGUGUUAAUAUUGUGUAUUUUAACUUUGUUAUAUUAUUUAUUAUCUACUAUUAUAAUGAUGGAAUUUGUUAUCGUUUUGAUAUUUUGUGUGGUUCUUGUGAUUGCUGUAAUGGUAAUUGGUUCCGGGAUGGGGAAAGCUACUUCGUCGCAGCGUCAGAUGGACAUCAUUAACGUCGCUCAGAACUUAUAUGUUUUAAUUAGAAAAGGCGACUUGAAGAAAUGUGACGUUACGCAGACGACCGCGUUUCUUCUCAACAUCGCAAAGUCAACUGUUCUCAAGUACUACAAGAAAGACAUUGAAGAAGUUUCAACACCAGGAAAAAAGAGGAAAAAAAGGCCACAGGAAGGAAAGUCACUUGACACAGUCGACGAUUUCACAGUAAAUGCAAUCAGGAAUGCAAUUUACAGGAUGUACGCUGAAGGUUUGAAUGUUACAGUCGACACCAUUUUGAAAGAAAUCAGGGAAAGACAAAUAGAUUAUUAUGGUGGAAGAUCAAGUCUUCAUAAAUUGUUAAAGAAGAUGGGAUUUUCAUGGACAACUGUUGAUGGACGAAAAGCUUUGAUAGAGAAUGAAAACAUAGUAUUGCAGCGAAUAGAUUUCUUGAGAAAGUAUAAAGAAGAAAAAGAAAGAGGUGCCAAUUUCAUAUUUGUUGAUGAAACAUGGAUUUUCCAGAGAGGCAAGGCAUUAAUUUAUUUGAAAAUUUGUUCUGUGGUCCAAUACAAAGUAUUUCAUUUCCAUUUCAUAUAUUUUUCAGGAACUGUAUCAAAGUCAUGGCAGGACAAGAGUCUACAAUCUGCGAAGAGACGUACUGUUGGAGAUGGUAAAAGGUUUAUUGUUGUUAAUGCUGGAGGGCGCACUGGCUUUGUGCCAGGAGCAGGAUUACUUUUUGUUUCAGGUCAGAAGACUGCAGACUACCAUGGCGAGAUGAAUGGGGAAACUUUCUUGAUGUGGUUUGAAGACAUGUUGGUGCAUCUUGAGGAACCCAGUGUCAUCAUAAUGGACAAUGCUUCAUAUCACAGCACCCAGGUUGAGAAAACACCUACAACGAACUGGACCAAGGCUGCACUGAUCGCGUGGCUGGAGAAGAAUGGGAUAAAACAUGAAAAUAAUUUGUUGAAAGUGGAGCUGCUGAGAAUAGCUAAACAAAACAAGCCCCGAAUACGAUGGGCGAGGUGUGUGGAUCACGUGGAGAAGCUAAUUCAAGCAGACUGGGAGAGAGAAGUCCACAUAGACAGCGGCACCAUUCCUCCACUCAUCAUCCACCUCGGCGAGGAUAGUUCAAGUGAAGACAGUGACAGCGAAGAAUUUGAGGUUACGACACAGCAAGUAGAUGGAGACAGUGAAGUACUGGCAGUUCCUCUUGAUGAUUUACCCGGGUGUUCUUAUUGAGGUCUGUAUGUAAUAAACACCUGGGCAACUGUAAGUAUUGGGGUUUGAAACAUUUUUUUUUCUUUUAUGCAUUCCCAUUAAGUAUGUUGAUUACUGGAACUUUAUGUAUUAACUUUAUAUUACACGUAUUAUGAAAUUAAUAAUAAAUUUCAUUUCUGGAUUCGUA